UCGAAGCAGACAUGUCAGCAACAAUCUGUUGUUGUCGCUGCACCACUCGCGUCAGCGAACCCUGUCCCGCAGCCUCAGUUAGAGCCCCAGGAACUGCCUGAGUUGAGAGCCCUUGAUAUCGGGUCCCAGUGGAUUGAGUUUGAAACGACCGGAGGCGGUGUUAGCGGGGCUAGUGUUGGCCUCGCCUCGGAUGAACCUACACCACUACCCUCUACCACACCACAAAAAGCAACAACUGCUAGAACAGAACCCAGGCUCUCUCAAGCACUUUCGGCAAGCCCUUAUUCACAUUCAACCGAGGGACAGUCCAUGCUUACAGCUUACCCGCCCCAUGGAAUUAUGUCUCAGCAACAGCGACUUCACUUGUACCUUCAACAACAACAACAACAAGUGCAGCAGGUUGAUUUGAGUGGGAGAGCAGGAGCAAUGUCACCGAAGUCACAGCAGUCACCAUUGCCAGUUGUGCAUGAUCAAACACCAGUGGCUUCGGGCAGUGGAAUGUUGCCGAGUCAGCAGCUAACGACGAUGCUUCCGCAGGAAGCGGCAACGGUGGUGGCACCGCUGGCGUUGGCAGCAUCGGAGGAACGCCAACGUCUCGUCGCGUGCAUUAUGAGAAGUGGGAAGACCAGGAACGCCUCGGGCAUCGAUCGACCAUUGCGCCUGUGCUCUAUGCCAACGUGGUCCAUCCCGAACUGA